CCUCUCUCUGUGCUCUUUUUUUGUACAUGUUCCCCACCCUCAAAAUCUCUGUUAAAGAAGAAAAAGUUAAGUUGAAGCCUCUUCAACAAAUUAAAGCAGACCACUGUAUCUUCUAUGCUGCUCAGAAGCUCAAACUCUUGAGGUGGAAAGGCCAUUUUGAUUCAAUUAUUGCCUGAAAUUAGUUCAGUCUGAGAUUUUGUUGCCAUGGCAGCUCAGAAGCAGUAUCUGCAUGAGCUUCUGAGAGAAGACCAACAGCCUUUCCACCUCAAGAGUUACAUUUCUGACAGGAAAAGUCAGCUCAAGUUGAUGAUGGGAGAUGACAGCAGCCACAGCCUUGUUCAUGUCGGAACAAGGAAAUCGUUUGUUGAAACUUUAACUUUGAAGCAGAGGAGUCUGUGUAAACGUGGUUGUUUAUUCUCCUUCCGAGGCUCGCCGGAGGUGGGUUUUCCGUCUCCGGCGUCGGCCAAGACCCAGAACGGGAGAGUUUUGCUUCACGUUCCGGCGAGGACGGCGGCGCUGCUCCUGGAGGCGGCAACGAGGAUUCAGGGGCCGAGGAUCAAGAAUUGCGGGUUAGGAUUGUUUGGGUCGGUUUUGAAGAGAUUAAAGGAGCGGAAUAGCAAGAAGAAAAUGCGUGAGGUUAAGAACAUUGAAGAGCAGCAUGAAGUGGGAUUUCCCUGCGCUUAUAAUCACAGACGCCGGCGGCGGCUGAGCAGCGCCGGCUGGUCUGAUGAGAGCAACGACGACGAAAAGUCUUUGGAUUUGGAUUUGGAUUUGGAGGCUUCCAGUAGCUUCCGCUCCGAGGAUUUUGAAGAAAUUGCUGACAGCCCUUUCCGGUUUUCCCUCCAUAGAUGCCCUUCUCCCGAUCUCCGCACGCCGGAAUUCUCAUCUCCGGCGGCUUCUCCAGGUCUUCACAAAACACAGAAUAAAGAAAACUGUGAAGAUGAAGACCUGGAAAAUGCUAAACAAAAAGAAGAAGAUAACAAGGAACAAUGCAGUCCAGUUUCUGUAUUGGACCACUCGUUUGAAGAUGAUAAUUUCAAAGCAGACGAGGAUGACGAAGACGAUCACGAUCCUGAAUGUAGCUAUUCCACAUUACAAAAAGCACAACAAGAGCUCUUAUACAAGCUCCAUAGAUUCGAGCAACUGGCGGAGUUGGAUCCCAUUGAACUCGAGAAACUAAUGUUCGAUGAGGAAGAAGAAGAAGAAGAAGAUGUCAAGGAGAGGGUGAUAUGUUGCAGAGAUGGAGAGAUUAAUCCAUACACGACAUUGCAAGUUUCAAGCCAGAGAUCAGAAGAGAAUACAGAGAUUAAUGAUGACUUGAAUAAUCGCAAAGUGGUGUUUGGAAAAGUAUAUAACAGAGUAGAUUUCUGCAGAAUGGGCUUUGAAGAGUGGAAGAAUUGUCGCCACCAGCAAGCCGAGGAAAUUGCAAUGGAGAUUGAGGUUGUCAUGUUUGGUGUAUUGGUAGAGGAAUUAUCACAAGAAUUAAGUGGAAGUUAAAUUAUAUUAUUGCUUAAUCUUCAUUUCUAAUUUUAUUUUAUUUUAAUAUAUUAUAUUUUUCCUCA